AUGGCUGACGAAGAGGGAGAGUUCAUGAAUCCAAACAAUUUGAUUGCUUUGAAACGCGGCGAGUGUUCAGUCAGUGACUUAUUGCUGGACGAACAGCGACUUUCAAUACUCCAGAAGAGGAAUACAAUGGUUUUGCCUCAUCUGAAGAGCUCGUAUGGCGUGGAACUGCCGUUUAUGCCCAACAAUACGGUCGACGCAGAAACUGUGAAAAACGGCUUUUCAUCGACUUCUUUGAAUGAGUCGAAAGCGUUGAAACAAAUCCAGAAUAUUAGUUAUCAGAGAAACGAAUUCACUUCCAAUCAUAAUAACAAUUCUAUCAGUUGUGAUAAUAUCUCCAUCAAUGCUAUCAAUGGCAACAAAUCAUAUAACAGGAGAGUGGAGAACAUAAAAAUCAAUUCAAGUAAAGUUAGUCUGAAGAACAUAACGCCCACCAAAAUGUUCAAACGGGUCAUCAAAGGCAAGCAGACCUGGACU